AUGGCGUAUGCCAGAGCAAAAGGGUUGCCGGACCAGGAUCGAGGUUGGGAAGAGGUCCAGGCCAAGACGUUUUGCAAAUGGUUGAAUCUCAAACUGGAGGCGAGAGACAUCCCUCCUAUGACUUCGUUGGCAACGGACCUUUGCAACGGGGUCAGGCUGGUAGAGUUGAUGGAGAUCAUGGGCGAUUGUUCGUUGGGCAGGUACUACAGAACACCCCGGAUGAGGGUGCAGAUGGCCGAAAAUGUCAACUUGGCAUUGGAUUUCAUCAGGGCGAGAGGAGUGGUGCUCACCAAUGUUGGAGCUGAAGACAUCAUCGACGGCAAUCUCAAGCUGAUUUUGGGCAUGAUAUGGACGCUGAUCCUGCGCUUCACCAUCGCCGACAUUAGCGCUGAGGGACUGUCUGCAAGAGAGGGUCUGCUGCUGUGGUGUCAGCGCAAAACCGCUCCAUACGACGACGUCGACGUCAAAGACUUUACAUACUCUUGGCAGUCUGGCAGAGCUCUCUGCGCGCUCAUACAUCGACAUCGGCCAGAUUUGCUCUCCUACGCCGACCUGCCAGCCUCUUCGCACGAAUGCACCAGGAUAGCGUUCGACACUGCCGCCAAGCACCUCGGCAUUCCUCAAUUGCUCGACGUUGAAGAUUUGUGCGACGCAAAGAAACCAGACGAAAGGAGCGUCAUGACGUAUGUCGCCCAGUACUUUCACGCUUUCAGCUCGAUGGAACAGGCAGAAGUGGUCAGCAGGAGGGUGGCCACAUUUGUAGACGUCAUGCAGAGCGCUUGGGUCAUGCAGCAGGACUACGAACGGAGGGCUCGAGAGCUACUGGCUGCCAUGUCUGCAGAGGAGGAGACGUGGAACAGGGCGACUUUUGCAGGCAGCUACGCGGAUGCUCGGUUGCAAUUGAACGCCUUUAAUGCCUACAAGGCGGGCACGAAGCGCGUUUGGGUUCGCGAGAGGACAGACCUCGCGGCGCUCCUGGGCAACAUUCAGACCAAGCUGAGGACGUACCAUCUACGGCCCUGGUCGCCCAGCGAGAGUCUGCACACUGCCGAAAUCGACCUCUCAUGGACACAAUUAGCGACUUCGGAGGCAGCGCGAUCUCGGCGCAUCAAUGCCGAGAUACGUCGAGCCAAGGAAGCGCUGAGGAUUAGGUUUGCGGAGCAGGCCAACGGUAUCGAGGCGGCGCUGAGGGACAUUGCAGCGGGCGUGGCGCGACUUUCUGGCGAAUUGACAGAUCAAAAAGCCAAAGUGCGCGCUCUGCACGAAGGUUUGGGGCCUUUCGAGGAGAGGCUGCGCGCGCUGGCAGAGACGGAAAAGGAGUGCCAAGAGGCGAAUGUGGAGGAGAAUGACCAUACGGUCUUUUCGAGAGAUGAUCUCGUCUUUGAGCUGGAGCUCGUGGCCACCAGCGUCACCAAGAAGCUCGCCUUUAUCGAGAAUCAAAUCGUCUCGAGGCAGCACACGAAUCUCACCCCUGCCCAGCUGGAGGAGUUCGAAUCCACUUUUAGAUAUUUUGACAAGGAUGCGACGAACACGCUAGCUAUUCCGGAAUUGGGCGCUGCACUCGCAUCCCUCGGCAUCAUCUACACCGACGAAGAUGUUGAGACGAUUCACCAGCAGCUCACUAUAGAUUAUGGUGCAGUCGACUACUCUGCUUUCUUGACCUUUUUGCGCGAGAUCACAGAAGACACGACUUCACCAGAUCAGCUCCUUGAAGCGUUUCAGGGUCUGGCAUCGGACAAGCCCUACACGACAGAGUUGGACCUCCGACAAGCGCUUCUUCCUCAGGGCGCCAUCGACUAUCUCAAAGCGUCCAUGCCACGAGUCGACGUGCCGGACGUGCAAGGCGAAGCGUACGAUUACGAAGCGUACUUGUCGCAGCUCUUUGGCGCUGGAGACUUGUCCGCCGUCAGCGGCAAUUGA